AUGCCAAAGCUUUUGUCUAAGGCUAUACAAAGUGAAGCUGCUUCAAACUUAAAGAUACAACUUAAAUUAGAUGAUCAGCUAUGUCAUAAACAUUAUAGUAAGUUAGUAGCUUUUGAUAAAAAUUAUUUAAGCCUAUAUAAAAGACAAAAAUCUAGUAUUGGUAAUUGUUACCAAGAAGAUACUAUUAAACUAAAACUUGGAGUUGAUGACUGUAAUAUUGGUUGGAAGCAAAAUUAUAUAAUGAUGACUGUUUGUCUUCUAAAUGAAGAUAAAAAGGUUUUAAAACCUAAUAAUCAAUUUUGCAUCUAG